UAUUAUUUGCUUCUGUGACCUGACCUACUGGCUCCGUCCACGGCUCUAGCCAUUAUCUGCUCCUGUGCCCGCCCUCCAUGUCUCUCGCAGUUUCCAACGCGUUUCGUUACCCUCAUCCCCAAACUGGUAACAGGAGCUCCCAUCUUACUCUUCCAACUCCAAAGUCUCCUUCUUUUGUCAGGCUUGUUCCUCGAAGGGUGUUGCAGAGCAGGGUUGUGAUACGUGCUGCUUUGUCUUCUGCGGCUGGAAAUCCACUGUCUGAUGGUGACUUUAACCCAUAUGAGGUUCUUGGGGUAAAUACUAUAGAGAGAUUUGACAAGAUCAAGCAAACUUAUGGAAGGAAACUUAAAGAUGCUCAGAGGAGUGGUGAUGAAGCCACUGCUGCUCUAGUUGAUCCGAGAGGUAAGUUGAUGAGCCGAAAUUGUUAACGCAUGAAGAUAGCUGGGAGCUAUUGGAGAGAGUUAAGGUAAUCAUUUGGAUCAAAUUCUACUUUAACAUAGCUACACUAUUCGUUCGAGUUUUUUCAUACUUUACAAUAUUCAGACUUGUAUUCUACAUAUUUUUGAGCCAACGUUAGUUAAGAAACUGGAAAAGAUUAGAGGCAGCAACAUCUCUCUAUUUUUGCGAUGAUAUUUGGACAGGUCCAGAU